CGCGGAUGAGGAGAGUGACUGGUUCUCAUUAGCAGGUGUAGAGGAUCUUUUUACAAACAUCAAGAAGAAACAAGAAGAUCAGAUGUGCCAACUGCUCAAAGGGAUAUAAAGUCGAGUCACUGAAAAGCUGGAGUUUUAUUUUUUUAUUUUUUUCCCAUAGUUGCCUGUCCUUGAAUCUUUAACUAGGCUAUCUACCAUCACGUUUGGAUUCUGAAGCACGGAUCCUUCGCUUUAGCAGCUGCCGUGACGACAUGGAAACCGGGAGCCCCAGGAAAAUCCAGUUCACUAUGCCCUUACUGGACACCCACCUGGACCCCGAGGCAGCGGAGCAGAUCAGAAGACGCAGACCCACACCAGCGACUUUAGUGGCAUCCAGUGAUCAGUCAUCCCCAGAAAUCGAUGAAGACCGUCUCCCAAACCAGUUGUACAAGGCAGCUUUAUUGAAUUCCCCUCGACAACGGCGGAAAGGGCAAAAGGGUACACCAACUAUGAAAGAACUGCAGUUCCUUGUGGAACACCAUUUGUACCGGCAGCAGCAGCCUGCAGGGGGCGACGAGUGCUCCUCUGAGAGCUGUCUGUCAGACCGGCCCAGCCCUGACUCUGUGCCCGUGGGAGACGAGCUGCCUCAUGAUGACGAGGCCACGGUGGAGGCGUUCGAGAAACUUCGCUGCCAAAUGGAAGAGUUUUCCAGGGAGAGUCUAUUAGAAGGAGGAGGCUUGGAGUGUUCCCCUGCCACAGAGAAGGAGAGCUCUUCGUCCACCUCUGCUGUAGAUUCACAACAGAGCAACACACAAACAGAUGCACCACCCAGCCAGCCGUCAGAGAAUCGAACAAAGAAAUCCAGCAUGAAGAAGGCCAAGUAAUGUAAAUGUCUGGUACGCAACAUCAUGCUGCUCAAUGGGCCCAACACAAAGCCAGGGCAUUGUAUGUGUGUGAACCCACUCGAAAACAUCAGGGCAUAAACAAAUAAUCAGUACUGGCCUUAGUUACCACCCCCACCACUACAAAGGUUUCUACGGUCUAUUCCAUGUAAACAAGGUUGUGCAAGGGCCAAUUAGUAUUUAAUUGAGUUGUUUUCUUUAGCUCCCAUACACUGAACAGAUAGCAGACAGCAAAUACUUUUAGUCCAACAGUCACACAAAAGGCAUAAUUCACAAUACUGUUCCCAUUUUCACAUCAAACCAAAUUAGUCAGGUUUAUCUGUAAUGUGCCAUCUUUUGCAUCUUCAGGCAAUAAAAUACCUCAAAGGUGCUAAAGCAUCAUUUGGUUAUAUAAAUUACAUCUAUCUUCACAUUUUGGGGUUUUAAUUGUUUUCUUCAGGUUCAGGGCUGAUAUUUCAAUAUUUCUUAAGUUUCUACAUUUGUCCUGGCUUGGGUUGGUCAUACAUAAACAACCCCACUUGUGUCAUAUUUUUCCACAAAUUGAGAUAUGUUUCUAAACAACUACAUUUAGCUUGCACCAAAAUCUUACAUUUUUUGAUGAGAAUUAACUAAUCUGUUACAACGCUAUUGAUUGACAGCCACAUCUCAGUGUUGUUUUAUAAUAGAUUUUGAGUCGACAAAUAGCACUUUCUUUUUGAAAUCCUGCUAUAACUUGGGGCAUACACCACUUCAAUGCAUGGCACUGAAUGUACAGCAUUUCUGGGCGUUUACUUUUUUAAACAGCAACUAAAUCAGUUCAAAGUGUACAUGUAAAAAAGGCUGGAUGUAUCACAUAUUUCUGUAUGUUCAUUUUAACCCAUUGUGUGUUCAAAAGUGGGAUUACAGUGUACUUAGACUAUGUGACAAUCCUUUCAGCAUAGA